GUUCUCAUGUGAAAAUCGUCGCAGCUCGUUCCGUGUUUUCGCCACUCGAGCGGGAAAAUCAAAAAUAUAUUUCUACGCUCAACAAAAAAAAUUAAUUGAAAUUGAUUUCUCAAACAACGAAAAUAGUUCUAGAAGAACUAUCAAAACAAGGAAAUUAUUUUUGUUUUAUCAAUUUUCAAGUGCCAUUUAUUGUGAAAUAAAUCUAAAGUGUGUGUGUGUGUGAUACAAAAAAAUUACUAUUAUUAAAAAGGAAAUAAAUACGCAGAACGAGAGAGAUAGAACGAGGCGUAGUGAAAGAGAGGGAGAGAGAGAGAAAGAGCGAGAGAUCCGGAGAUCUCUCGAGAAUCUCCAAGCAGCAGCGCUAAAGUUACGGAUCUAGUUUCAAACAGUUUAACUACUUAUUUUUACUUUUUCUACAAAACAACAAACUCAAGAAAGAAAAAUACGAACCAGCAAAACUCAAAAGCAAAAAACGAUCUCAUAUCCAAAGCAGCAAGCAAUUCUGAGAAUAAGAAAAGGUAUUCAACACACAAAAAGGCUGAGAGGAAGAAGAGUUAUUCAUCCAACGAAAGGAUAAUUCAAUUGAUUUGGCAAAUAAUAAUUUAUUUGUUUUGAUUUACAUAUAGAAAAUAUUCGAAAUUAAUAUUGAAUUAAUGUUUUAAAUAACAUUUGAAGCCUUUGACUCGGUUGAUUUGAUAUACACUUUAAUUGGCAAACAAUUAUUAGUUUAUUUCAGUUUAAAUGCGAAGCGAAAACAAUAAUUGACCGUGAAUGUUUUGAUUGCAAAAAUUCCAUAAAGAACACGGAAAGCCUUUGUACCUAUUGAUUCCAACAUUGAAAUUUCUAUAGCGUCACAAAAAUCUUAUUAUACAAAAUUGAUUGAACGAAAAGAAAGCGCAAAACUAUACAACUAUACAAUGCCUUUUCUUAUUCCUUAUCAUCACGAUCAUCAAUAAAAACUAAUGGAAGACUAAAUAAAAAUCAUACAAAAAUAGACGAAAACAAAGUGCAUUCCCCGAUCAUACGAAAACAAGCGCACUCAUUAUCAGUCGCUAUCAAAAAUCGCUUCCCCAUGCUGAAUACUCAAUACUAAAACUGAAAAAACCUGAUUCACUCGCAACAUUUUUAACCCACUAUCACCUGUUCAUUGGCAACAACGAAUUGGCUAUCAAUUGACUGGCAAAUAAAAAUCAGCAAACAUACCAAAGUGCUCAACACUAAUCAGGGUUUUUCAAAAUCAAAAGCACAAUAUUUCCAGAUAACACAGACAAGCGUUUACGCCAAAAAGCAAGAAAACUCAAGUGAACCCAAAGUGUAAAGACAAUGCGCACAACUUUCGGCCGUGGCCCAAAGUUUAUACUGCUCACCAGCAAAUUCAAUCACGUUCAGCACAAGGAGGUGAUCACCUAGGAUCAUCAGAGGCCAGUGAUUAACCCUACCCAGUGAAGGAUAACCCAGUGAAUAUCGAUCGAACCCCGUUCAAGAACCAGUGAUCAUGUCGUCGGAUACGAAUUCGUGCACCAGUUUCUUUGGCCAGGAGCACGCGAAUGCCACACUGUCGCAGUAUUUCCAGCAGCUAAACUCCCAAGUGGCUGCUGCAGCGGCGGGCAAUGGCGUUGGCAACAGCAGCAGCAGCAACAACAACAACGGGGGUGGCAACAACAGCAGCGGCAACAACAGCAGCGGCAACAACAGCAGCAGCGGCAACAGCGACAGCGGCAACGAUGGCAGCAUGACAGGCUCCUCGGGAACCAUGGACAACCAUCGCAGCAGUGUCAGCAGCAAUGAUUCGGGAAAGAGUAGCGCCACCGGAGGCGGCGGCGGGGCAGGUGCCACCAGCAACAAUGGCGUGAAUGCCUGGGCCUUGCAGCAGCAGCAACAGACCGCCGCCCUGCACCAUCAGCAACAGCAGCAGCAGCAUCAACAGCAGCAACACCAACACCAACAGCACCUGCAGCAGCAGCACCAUCAAGCGCACCAGCAGCAUGUUGCCGCCGUCCUGCAGCAGCAACAGCAGCAGCAGCAGCAACAGCAGCACUCCCAGCAUCAGCAGCAACAUCACGGCCACCCCUUGCAUCCGCAUCAUUCACACCAGCAACAGCAGCAGCAACAACAACAGCAGCAGCAGCCGCCACAACACCACCAACAGCAGCAGCAGCAGCAACAGCAGCACGCACAGCAGCAGCAUCAUGCCGCCCAGCUGGCCCAUACACUUUCGUCGGCCGCCGUUGCCGCUGCAGCCGGCAACACCGGUGGCAACACCAACACCCACUCCAUCUUCGGCACCGGCAACUUCCACUACAAGACGAACAACUCGUGGACACUGCCCACGCUGACGUACCAGCGGAUUUACCAGGAGAAUCCCCACUACCAGCGCAACUCCUUCAUGGAUACGCAGAGCAAUGCCGCUGCAGCUGCAGCAGCUGCUGCCGCCAGUUGCAAUGCUGCUGCUGUUGCGGCAGCCGCUGCAGUUGCAAGUGGCAACAAUCAGGGAUCGAAUGGGAGUGCCAGUGGCAAUGGUAAUGCUGCUGUGGCGGCCACUGGUAAUGGCAACGGUGGAAAUCCUGGCCAGAAUAGCAACAACAACAACAGUGGAAACAGCAAUAGUAACAGCAACAACAACAACGUGUCCUCCGUGCAACAUGUGGCAAAUGCGGUCGCAGCGGCCGUGAUCGCCAACGAGCAUCACAACCAUUUGAACAGCUUGAAAGCACGCUUUCAGCCAGCCAGCUCAGGCAGGAAAUCUCCAUUUUUGGGUUUCAUUUGCAAAUCAAACGGCAAAUCCACAUCGAAUAGCAAAGAAAUCAUCUGCCCAGAUGACAAAUACAAGGAGGAGGGCGACAUCUGGAAUGUUGAGGCGCAAACAGCGUUUCUCGGCCCAAAUCUGUGGGACAAGACCCUGCCCUACGAUGCCGACCUCAAGGUAACACAAUAUGCCGACCUAGACGAGUUCCUGUCGGAGAACAACAUACCUGAUGGCCUGCCCGGCACGCAUCUGGGUCACUCCAGUGGUCUGGGCCACCGGUCCGAUUCCCUGGGUCAUGCAGCCGGUCUGUCCCUUGGUCUCGGCCACAUAACCACAAAGCGGGAGCGGUCGCCCUCGCCAUCCGACUGCAUAAGUCCGGACACCCUGAAUCCGCCAUCGCCGGCCGAGUCAACAUUUUCGUUCGCCUCCUCGGGCCGUGACUUUGAUCCGCGAACCAGAGCCUUCUCCGACGAGGAGCUCAAGCCGCAGCCGAUGAUCAAAAAGUCACGCAAGCAAUUCGUUCCAGAUGAGCUCAAGGACGACAAGUACUGGGCACGUCGCCGGAAGAACAACAUUGCCGCCAAGCGAUCCCGCGAUGCCCGGCGCCAAAAGGAGAACCAGAUUGCGAUGCGGGCACGCUACUUGGAGAAGGAAAAUGCAACAUUACAUCAGGAGGUGGAGCAGUUGAAACAGGAGAACAUGGACUUGCGUGCACGUCUAUCGAAAUUCCAAGAUGUGUAAUGAUAAAUACAAAAAUACAAUUUUGUGACUUGGCCUGAGGACACCACAACAAUUAAAUAAUAAUAACUAUUGAUAAAAUAACAAUAAUCAUAACUAUGAUAAAACUACUAAUAAUGUUUAGUACGGCAGACAUGAAACCUACACUAUAAAGUACAUAUUGUAUCUAAAUAUGUAUAUGCAAAAGAAAUAUAAUUAGUAAGCAAACACACACACCUACACACAACUACACACCCACACAUACACAAGAAAACCCCUCACGGCGUCGUGCUCCGCUUUAAUAUUUAUUUUAUGCUAAAAACUAAAAAGCAAAUUAACUAAACACAGAGGAGAAACCGACCGAAUGCAAACUAAACAUUUUUUAGAGUAGCCAAAAAAGAAAGUCUCACGAGAGCAGAGCGUUGAAAAGCUCUGCAGCCGAAGCUUUUUGCCUUUAAAGUAGCAUACUUCCGAGCGCAAUGGGAAUCCUAAAUCGUAAAAAAACACAGACGUAGAAUUGUUAUCUUUUAAAUUGUUUAAUAGUUGUCUAGCCUAGUUUUACGCAAACAAAAAACAACUUAUCUUCUUCGCUAUUUUUCUGCUAUUGUUUUCCCCCUUUUACUUUUACUUCUACUUCGACUUUAGUUUUUAUUAUUUCUUGUAAUUAGUUGUUUGAUUAAGUUUUUCUUUAGCUUUUAGUGAACGGAAAUCCACAUGCACACAACAAAUCAUAUUGUAAAUAAUUUCGUUGCCUUUUUUCAAAUUAACUCGUUAGAGGAAUUACCAUAAAAAGCAAAAGAAAACAUGUAUAAAAAAUUGCAAAAUGAAAACCCACAAAAAAAAAGAGAAAAUUAAAGAAACGCUAAGAGAAAACCAUUUAGAGAUGAGCAAAGAACUUCCCUCCUCAGUUGCCGGGCACUUGGCAGCUGGUUAGUUUAAGUGAGCUAUGAUUUUUAUAAAAACCUUAUGAAACAAAAAUAUCAGAAAACCCCAAAAAAAAAAAUUAAAAACAUACGGACACAGACGGACGAUGGACGGACAAAAAUGAAAAACUAGAAGUGAAAUAGUUUUCGUUGUUGAUUUCUUGAUACUAAAAUAACCAACCCAAAACUAACCCAGACAUAGUCAGCUGGUUAAGGCGAGAGAACUAGUUUUCUUACUUCCUACUAAGAACUACAUGCAAACAGCCACACAGACACACAGACCAUCCGCAAAACAAAUCCCCCUCAUACCAUGUUAUCACCGUACAGAUUUUCACAUUUUUCCUUUUAGUUGUAAACAUUUUAUUCGUUUAACUUUUAUUACAAGAAAAACUAUUUCUUUUGGUGUGAUUUGCAAGAUCUUAAACAAACAAUUUAAAAACAAAACAUUUUUACAUAAUACCAUAUAAUUAUGUUACUUUAAACAACCACUAUUUUCGUUAGCUAAGUUUAUUAAUUAUUAUUAUUUGUUAUACAUUUGAGUUACAUUUACCUGCAUACAAUUAUCUAGAAAUUUAAGAAAAUAUAUGAAAACGGAAAAAAAACACUUACCGACCGAGAGCAAAUUUAUAUUUUAUAUUCAGCAAACAAUAUGGAAGCUAUAACAAAAGCGUAGAGAGAUAAAUAAGUCCAUUAAGCACUCCUUCUUAACAAAUUUCAAUAAGUUUUAUUUAUUCUAUGGAAAAAUGUGCAAAACCAACAAAAACAAAAAAAAAACAACAAACGAAAGAAGAACCACAAAAGUAAAGAUCGAUAAAGGAGAAUGAGCGUAACGAAAAAGUGAGAAAGCAAAAAACAAUUUGUGUGUAAUAAUAAAAGUCUAAGCGUUGCUUUUAACUAUUGAAAA